AUGAUUUUUUAUUGGAAUACUAAAACAUAUAACAAAGAUAGUACUAAAGAAAAUCAAACUUAUCAACCAAACAAUAAUCAAACUCAUUCCACGUUAUCAAAUGAAAUACCAAAAACACCAUCAGCAACAACUUGGGUUUUUCAAGCUUUUAAAAACCAUUUUUUUCAUAUAAAAUAUCCAGAAAAAAUAUCAUAUUUUAAAAAUAAUGUCAACUCUUUUCUUUAUAAAAAUCAAUUUAAUUCCACUAUAAAAACUAAUUCCAAUACACCUAACCCGAAAAUUAACAUACUAAAGAUAACCGAGGAUGAGAAAAAUGAUCUAAUGAAGAUUGAAAAAGAUAUCAAUAAGGAAUUUAAAAAAAAUGUUCAAAUUUCUGUCUCUAAAACUGUCACUCAAAAUCAACAAAAUAGUAUACUUAAAACUCCAAAAUCAAACAGUAUACGUAAAACAGUUUCUUUUUAUGAAAAUUCAAAUCAUAUCAACGAUCUUUAUUGUUCAGGAAAAGAAACAAAUCUUUCUAAAAAAUUCCCUGGAAAUUUUCCUAGUCCAUAUAUACCCAAAUUACAAAGCUUUAAAACAGAUCAGACAUAUUUAAAUAUCAAAAGUUCUAAUGAUUCUGAAACUGUUGUAUUAAAUUCCAAAAAGUUAACAAAUAUAAUUUGUCAACAAAUUGAUUCACUUAGUCAGAAUAAUCAAAAACUCAAAUUCCUAGUUUCAGAAAUUUGCGAGGAACAAGAAACUACUCAUAAUUCUCUAAAAAGUAAUUCAUCAGAAUUUGAUAUUACAAUUGAUCUAAAGAAUUCUAUGUCUUUUAAAUACUGGAAGACCAAAUUUGAAACAUUAAAUGUUAUUAAAAGAGAUCUUGAAAAUGAAGUCCAAUUUUGGAAAUCUAGAUGUUCUUAUUUAGAAAAACAGUUAUAUAAACUAUCUAAAAUAAGUUCAACAUUUUCUAAAAAAAAUACUAAGAAUAAUUUAUUUAUAGAAGAACCUGAAAAAAAUAAAAAAUUAAUAAACGACUCUUUAGAAGGCGAUUUGUUAAAUAUUAAAGAAAAUUUAGUUAACAUACAAAAAAAUAAAUCACAAUUAAUAAAAAAAUCAUAUACUCAUCCAAUAUUUUUAAAUCCAAAUGAAAUUACUCAAUUAGAAGAAUCAGAAAAAAAAAAAGUAUCUGAUUUUAAAUCAUUAAACAAUCAACAUUAUUUAUCUAAAAAUGAAAUUUCUAAAAACUUAAACAUUGAUAUAGAUAUAAAUCAGUAUGAAUUAGAAAAAAAAGGUAGACAAUCACCAAAUAUAUAUAGUAUUUAUUUAUAUCAUCAAGGAAAAUACAAAAAUUCAAACACUAUUUUUAUACUUAAUGAUAUGUCUCAUAUAAAAAUAAAAAACAAAAACAUCAAUCAAAAUUCUUUAAAACCGUAUUCUGGAAGUAAAAUAAGUUAUGAAAUAGCUAAUUUAAAUAAUUUUGCAAAAGAUACUCCAAAUAAAGAAUAUAAUUCAAAAUUAAUUAUAGAUGAUAUGUCUCGAUCUCUUAGCAACUUUCGACAACUUAAAGAGAUAACUAAUGAAACAAAAAAAGGAUCUCAAUCCACAACAAAGUCAUUUCCUAACUUAUUUGAAUCAAUAACUAGAAAAGAAGCAGCAGCAAAACGAUUAGAAGAACGUCGAAAACAUAGAAGUGAAUUGUAUAAAGCCAAACAAAACAAAAUAGGGAAAGAAAACGUUAUUUCAUUAUAG